AUGGAAAAUUCGUUCACUACCGAUCGGUGGACGGUACGGCGCGACGCGACCGCACUCGUGACCGUGUUUUCUCCCCUGACAUUGGCCAUGCUGCUCAUACUGGCGUUCGUGCUGCUGAUCUUCAAGGCGCGCCGGGCGAAGAUGGUAAAGCUGAUCGACCAAAUACCCGGCCCCGUUUGCAUGCCGCUCGUCGGCAAUGGGUUGCAAAUUAACGUUGGCUGCAAAGACGAGCUUUUCGAUCGCAUCAUUGCUUCCAGAAAGAUGUUUGGCCGCCGUCAAGGUAUCAGUCGCGUCUGGAACGGUCCCAUACCGUACGUGCUAAUUUCCAAAGCUUCUGCCGUCGAGCCAAUACUGAGCAACCCGAAGCUGGUGGAGAAGAGCAACGAUUACGAGUACAUGAAGGCAUGGCUGGGGAAUGGGUUGCUUACCUCGCCCGGAUACAUCUGGCAUCCGCGCCGCAAAUCCUUAACACCGGCCUUUCACUUCAAGAUACUGUCGGACUUUGUGACGAUCUUCCAGAACCAGGCGGACGUGUUGAUCGAGAAGCUGUCGGAGCACACGGUGCAGGGCGAAGCGUUCAACAUUGUACCGUACGUGACGCUCUGUGCGCUGGACAUUUUCUGCGAAACUGCCAUGGGAUGUCCUGUGUAUGCGCAGAAGAACUCCAACUCGGAAUACGUUCGAGCACACAAACAAAUUGGCAAAGUCAUACGAAACCGUUUGCAAAAAAUAUGGCUCCAUCCAGACUUUGUCUUCAAGCGCACGAAAGAGUUCCGAAAGCAUCAGGAAUGUCUGAAGGUGCUGCAUAACUUUUCCGACCGUGUUGUGCGAGAGCGCAAGGAGGAGCUUCGCAAGCGCAAGCAACAGCUUGACCAGAACAACAACAGCAAACCAUCCGAUGAAGACAGCAGUACGUACGAGGAUGGCAUCUAUCGUAAGAAACAGCUCGCCUUUUUGGACCUGCUGCUCGAGGGUUCCGGGUUGUCCGAUCUAGCAAUACGCGAGGAGGUGGACACAUUCAUCAUCGGCGGCCAUGACACGACGGCGGCCGCCAUGGCCUGGAUACUGUAUCUGCUUGGUGCCGCGCCGGAGAUACAGGACCGCGUCGUACAGGAGAUCGACGAGGUGAUGGGCAAGGAUCGGGAACGGCGUCCAACGAUGGCAGAGCUGAACGAGAUGCGCUAUCUGGAGUGCUGCAUCAAGGAGGGCCUGCGUCUGUACCCGAGCAUACCGGUGAUCGGUCGGCGUCUGACGGAGGACGUGCGGGUCGACAACUACACCAUACCGGCCGGCACCACGGCGAUGAUCGUGGUGUAUGAGCUGCACCGCGAUGCGUCCGUAUUUUCCAACCCGGACAAAUUCAACCCGGACAACUUCCUGCCCGAAAACUGCAACGGGCGGCAUCCUUACGCUUACAUACCGUUCAGUGCUGGGCCGCGUAACUGUAUCGGUCAGAAGUUCGCUAUAUUGGAGGAAAAGUCGGUCAUCUCGGCAAUCUUGCGCAAGUUCCGCAUCGAAGCAGUCAACCGACGAGAGGACGUACAGCUGCUGUGUGAUCUGGUACUCCGACCGAAGGAUGGGUUGAUAGUACGGCUUCACAAACGAGACUGAACAG